GAAAGCAGAUAAGGCCUGGCUUUUCACUCGUCGGUCCUUGUGCUAGAAAUUAUAAAUUUGUCGCGUCACCUGCGGGUUCUUGCUCCAACGCGCCACACGCACAUACGCGUAUUUCAGACGAAUUGCGCCUAAUUACGUUGUCUAUAAUGACUUUCCCGUAAUGGUCCAAGUCAAAUAAAUUCGAAUCGAUUGCGGUAUCCGCUACUGGAAGGAGAGAGAGAGAGAGAGAGAGAGAGAGAGAGAGAGAGAGAGAGAGAGAGAGAGAGAUAAAAAGCCUAUUCGACCACAGUCCAUGUUUAGAAACAGAUCCAGAUAUUCCCGUUUAAGGGAAUGAAAAGAUUCUUAGUAAUUGGAGGGGGGACACCACUUUUCCUGAGCCACAAGUGGAUAUAUGCAGCAGUUAUGACCGGAUUAAGGGAAAAGCAUUAAAAUGCGUCUUUGGAGGCGCACAUCGACAUGCCGGGACAAUCCGCAUGGGACGAGUCCUUACGUCUGCAGCACAGGAUAAAAAGCGAGGGAUCUCAUGCCGGAUGAAUGUGACCCAGACAUCACCAAGAGACGCGACGGAGGAGAAGGAAGGAGAAGAAGAGGAAGAAAAAGGAAAAGUCGCCGGCUGUCAGUCGUCACUCACUACACAGUUUAGUGAAUGACCACAGGCGCCUAUAAAGAGACUGGGAUCUCUCUGUGCCAUGGUGCAAUAGAUCUCUAACCUGAGACUACCUGAAGAGAGGAACCCUAGCAGCUCCUACAUUACUGUAUUAAACUGCUAAGACACCUGGAGGACACCGAACCAGCGUGACACUCGCAAAACAGGGCAGAAGUUCACACGCCUCAGUGGCGAGAGAGGCACGCUCCGGUUGCGCUUCAGUAUGAGCGGCUUGCGCGCGCCAGUCAUUACUGCGCUCGCGCUGCUGAUCGUGAGCGGCGACUACUGCGGACAGAGCGGCUCUGCGUCCGCACGCGCCACCACCAGCUUGCUGCAGCUGCUCGCGGCUAGCGGGAGAGACGAGCUCGAGCAUCACGCGCAAUCCACCGAGCAUCAAGCGCACUCUUCGCUUCCCAUCAAGACGGAAUACGCCAUCGAGUCGAGGAAAGGGAACGAAGUCAACAAAUCCAAUCAGCAUGACCAAACUCUGGACGUCAUUCCUAGAGAUCUGCGGCAGAAAGAAAAGUUCCUGAAACAUUUAACAGGGCCUCUCUAUUUUAGCCCGAAAUGCAGCAAACGCUUUUAUAGAUUAUAUCAUAACACCAGGGACUGUACAAUACCAGCCUAUUAUAGAAGAUGUGCUCAGCUACUCAGAAGGUUAGCGGAGAGUCAGCGGUGUUCAGAGGGAUAGUCGCUAAAGAUUUCAACAGGCUUAAGAAAUAAAGGAGGACCAAGAAUAAAGUGCCUUGGGAAAGAACAAGGGGGAAAAAACACCUUGAAAACCUUGAAGCAUAAUUUGUCAUCACAUUUUUUUUAAUCAUGCUCCUCCAUAGAGUUUUACAUACAGUACCAUGGAUGUCUUAUUGACUGACAAAUCAAUGUUAUCACUGAACUUUUUGAUAACAUGAAUGGUGCAAGUGAAGAUGCUGUUUUACAAAAAUAAUCCUACUGCCAAAAUCUGUAGACAGUACAGUGUACUGCAAAUACAUUUACGUUUAUGCAAA